AUGGCAUCGAUACUCGGCACCUCGGCCGUGCUACAGGGCAUGGCCGACGCCCUACCAACACACCAACAGGCCGACGACAGCUCCGACCUGGCGAGCUCCUAUGAAGCCAUCGCCUUGCUCGUCCAUGCAUACCUGGCCGCUCUUGGCUUCCGACUCCGCGGGUUCGACCAAGAUAAAGUAAUACCCGACUGCGAGUCCCUUGCGCCUCGCCUCCCGCCCAAAUGGAACUCUGGCUUCGGCUCCCUCAGUUUCGUCUACAAACACAAACAGUCCUCGAUGGACUUUGUGUUCCGGAUCGACCGAAUGGGUGCCAAAGUCGAAGUCCGCGGCCUGGCCGUUGGCGACGAAAACAUCCACCGGUUCGAGCGCACCGUGCGCGACAUUGUCAACUCGGCGGCUCUCCCUGUGCGCAUAACCAUGACUGAAGGGCAAGAAGACCGCUCCGACCUGGUCGAGAAGCUGCGCAACGUGUUUGUCUCGGGAGAGGCAAUAUCCGAUUUACUGAAUGACCUCAAGGUCAAAAUCGUCCAGAAGCUCAUCCCAAAGCUCCAGAGCGAAGGCUACGUUGAGACAGAAGACGCCGAGGAAGCAGCUCGUUCGGAACGCCGGGGCCAGGAACGGCGGAACCCCCAGCGUCCGUUCGAUCCGUCUGUCGAGCCGAAUAUUCCUUACCACCCUCCUGGGCCCCUUCCCCAGAUGGCUAGGCCCCGGCCUGGAGCUCCCGUGGGCGACUUCCCGCCUCCUGGGUUCGAGGACGAAUACGAGAUAAAUCGGCCGCCCCGCGGCAACCCGAUAGCCAUGCCCGGCGGCCGACACCCAUUCAAUAUCGGCCACGACGACUUGAACCCCCCGGGGCUGGGGCCGCAUGAUCCUCUUCGAGGCUCGUUCGUCCCGGGCGGCCUGCCACGUCCGGUAGCACCCAGCGGGAUGCACCCAACAUUUGACGACCCCCUGUUUACCGGCCAGGGCGGCAACGGCGAUUAUGGGGGCUACGAUCCGCAAGCCCCCCCCGGUGCGCGAUGGGAUCCUGUCGGGCCAGGCGGCACGCCGAGAUUCCCCGGGCCAGGCCAAGGACCAGGCAGCGGCCCCUUUAGCGGAUCUGGAGGCUUUGGCGGAGGACAUAUUAUCUGA